UCUACCCGGACGGAUCUCUUGGCGGAAAAAUGAAACUUUGGUAUCUCACCUGUGUUCUCGUGGCCAGCUUUGCCGUUAUUUGGGCCGCCAGCGGAGAAGAGGAGUCAGAGGAGCAGGAAGAAACAGAAGCUUCAAAGCUACCAAGACAACAGCCUGGCCAAGGAUUCAAGAUCAUAUCCUUCGAUGCCGUGGGUAAGAAUAUUGCUCUGGGCCUGGACUAUCUGGUGCCUUUUCUCGAGGUUCCUGUCAAGCGAAAGCGAAAUGCUCCACCAAAGCCACUUGUGAUUGUAAAUUCCGCUGCCUUGCUUAGCUGUGGACUUGUGGCAGCAGGAGGUAUUUUUGUGGGUCAUUUAAUACGCAGUUUGGGUCUGGAGGCCAUCACAGGAGAUGCUCAUCGUCCCAUUUUCGGAAAUUCCAGCAAUCACAAGCCCAAGUCCUCCGAAGAAGUGACAACUACCACAAUACCUCCACCCAGUUCUGGUAAUGCCACAUCUCGGGGUAUGUUUGAAAAUGACUUUGGUCUGCCAAAAAUAUUCGAAAACUUUAAGUUAGUUUACAAAAAUGAAACUGGAGAUCGCGUGGCCACCAGCCUUCCAAAUAUUUUAAGCACUAUUGAGAGAACCUUUAUCAAAAACGAUGUUGAUCUUUCCACCUGCCUUCUUAAAUCCAUUUGUACUUUGACACGCAAGGCAGGCGACCGGGUUCGCCAGGGUGAGGCUACGGAUAUAGAGCAAUUGCUGGACAAUGCUACCAGUUGGUCCUGGCUGUUGUCCUUGCUGGAACAGUCUGCCUUCCGAGAGGCCAUCGAUGCGGGAAAGGUUGCUGGAAUACAUCACUGCUCUGCCAAAUAUCCAGAAUGCAAAUGGUCUGUCCCCGAGGAGAAAAUUCUGGAGCUAGUGCGCAAUAAUGUCCAAUUUAAAUAGGAAUUUAGGCUUCAAAUACUUACCCUACAUACUUACUACUUGUCUAAGAGCAUAGCUUCAAAAUUAGAAUACUUUUAAUA